GAGAGAGAGAGAGAGAGAGAGAGAGAGAGAGAGAGAGAGAGAGAGAGACCUCCAUCCUUUCCUAUAGUGGAAGGUUUUGAGAUGCGCAUCUUCCUUCCUGCCCACCCUUUCUCUCCCCCUCUAUCGGUCUCUCCUCCCUCCACCUCCACCUCCUCCUCCUCUCGGUGCUCGUCUAGUCUGAGCCGGCCUAGCUUCCUCACGCCGAACCCCGGAACCGAACGUAAACCAUCAGGGCGCGAGCCGGCCGGAGCCCCAGUUGGCCGGGCAAUGCUUCGCUAAUCUAGCCGCCGUUUGCGCACUUCCUGCCGGCUUGGCUUUGUGCUGAGGAAGGGGUGGGGGGGAUGUAGAGAGGAAAGUGGGACCCGAAGAAGCCGCGUCUGCUGUGUGCCCGUCCGCCGAGCGGCCUCUUUGCCAGGCUCCCCCCCCUCACACAAGAUGUCGACCAGGACGCCAUUGCCCACGGUGAACGAGCGUGACACGGAGAACCAUUCGUCCGUGGAUGGCUUUGUGGAGCCCCCGGUCCCCCCGACAAAGUCGGCGAGUCGCCACAGCCUGCCGCGAUGUCGCAACUCCUUCACCUCCACCGAGGAGCACCCGCACAUCGGGAAUUACCGCCUCCUCAAGACCAUCGGGAAGGGCAAUUUCGCCAAGGUCAAACUGGCACGACACGUCCUGACUGGAAGAGAGGUGGCAGUCAAGAUUAUAGAUAAAACCCAGCUGAAUCCCACCAGUCUACAGAAGCUCUUCAGGGAAGUGCGAAUAAUGAAGUUACUGAAUCAUCCCAACAUUGUCAAACUUUUUGAGGUGAUUGAAACGGAGAAGACGCUCUAUUUGGUGAUGGAGUACGCCAGCGGCGGGGAGGUGUUUGACUACCUGGUGGCCCACGGGAGGAUGAAGGAAAAGGAGGCCAGGGCCAAGUUCCGACAGAUUGUGUCUGCCGUGCAGUAUUGCCACCAGAGGAGGAUCGUUCACAGGGAUCUCAAGGCCGAGAACCUGCUAUUGGACGCUGACAUGAACAUCAAGAUAGCCGACUUCGGUUUCAGCAACGAAUUCACCGUGGGCAGCAAGCUGGACACCUUCUGUGGUUCUCCACCCUACGCCGCCCCGGAACUUUUCCAAGGGAAGAAGUACGAUGGGCCCGAGGUGGACGUGUGGAGCCUCGGGGUCAUCCUCUACACACUGGUCAGCGGCUCGCUACCCUUUGACGGACAAAACCUCAAGGAGCUGAGAGAGCGGGUCCUGCGGGGGAAGUACCGCAUUCCCUUUUACAUGUCCACAGACUGUGAAAACCUGCUGAAAAAACUACUGGUGCUCAACCCGGUCAAACGUGGAAGUUUGGAGCAAAUCAUGAAAGACCACUGGAUGAAUGUGGGUCACGAGGAGGAGGAGCUGAAGCCGUACAUCGAGCCCGAGGCCGACUUCAACGAUUCGACCAGAAUAGAGCUGAUGGUGACCAUGGGUUUCCCUAAAGAUGAGAUCACGGAGUCCUUACAAAGCCAGAAGUACGAUGAUGUCAUGGCCACUUAUUUGCUGCUGGGAAGAAAAGCGCCAGAGUUUGAGGGGAGCGAGCCCCUGACCAACAGCGUCCUGGCUCAGCGGCAGCGUCCCACCAGCGACAUCAACAACGGCUCCAGUAUUUCUCCCGCACAUCCCAAAGUCACGCGCAGCAUCUCGGCCAAUCAGAAGCAGCGCCGCUACAGCGAUCAUGGUGGGGAUGAUGGUGAUGGUGGUGGUGGUGGUGGUGGUGUAGACAGACGAAUGGGUCCCUCCGUGCCGCCGGCGGUGUCGUACACGCGGCGGGGUCAGGCUCUGAGCGUGGAGAGUGACCACCGAGAAGAGUGGGAUGGCGCCCGCCGACUGGAGCUGAGCACUUCCAAGGGAGAUGUUCCCGCCUCGCCGCUGGGAGCGCAGGAGAGGAAGAAAACCACAAGUGCUGUGGGGACCAACGGAUCAAUGACUCGCAGGAACACGUAUGUGUGUGAGCGAUCCUCCACUGAGCGCUACUCGGCCAUUCCGAAUGGCAAAGACAGCAGUUUAACCGAGGUGUCGGGCAGCACCCCGUCGACCGCAGUGAGCGCCACGCGGCCUCGUCACAUCAAGUCCAUGUCAUCUUCAGGACACCCUUCAAAGAGCACACUGCCCCCCAUCGAUGACAACACAGAGUUGAAAUCCAGCUCCUCUCCAAGGGGUCCCUCCACCUCUCCCUCCGCACACAGUAUUAGCACCCCCGAGAAGAACCGCUUCCCGCGGGGCACCACCAGCCGCAGCACCUUCCACGGCGCCCAGCUGCGAGACCGCCGAAGCGCCACCUACAACGGGCCGCCGGCCUCGCCCACGCUGUCCCACGACACGGGCGCCCUGGCGCAGCAGCGGCGGGGCACCUCCACCGGCAUCAUCAGCAAGAUCACCUCCAAGUUUGUCCGCAGAGCUCUGUCUUUCAGGUCCGCUCGGAGGGUGCCCAGCGAGGGAGAGGCCAGUGCCAGGACAGACACACCCAGGAGCGCGUCGGGCGACCCCAAGGAGGACGGCGGGCGGGACUCCAAGCCGCGCUCGCUGCGCUUCACCUGGAGCAUGAAGACCACCUCGUCCAUGGAACCCUCGGAGAUGAUGCGGGAGAUCCGCAAGGUCCUGGACGCCAACAGCUGCGACUACGAGCAGCGCGAGCGCUUCCUGCUCUUCUGCGUGCACGGCGACGCGCGCCAGGACAACCUGGUCCAGUGGGAGAUGGAGGUGUGCAAGCUGCCCCGCCUCUCCCUCAACGGCGUGCGCUUCAAGAGGAUAUCGGGAACAUCCAUCGCCUUUAAGAACAUCGCCUGCAAAAUUGCGAACGAGCUCAAACUGUGACGCAAAAAAACAACCACCGCCGCGGGCUCGUCUCGUCACUGGAUUCAUGCACUGAUCGUACCCGCCGCGCAUUAUCAGGGUGGCCUCGGCUGGUAGCGUGCAAUGCUGGCCACGAAUGUACUGCACAGAGGAGAGCGCCUCGUCGGCGCCUCUGUGAAGACUUAACAGCAACAUCUUUUUCGUUUGUUUGAAACUGUCCGUCCAGGCCUGUGUGUGUGGGUGUGUCUCGAUCUUUCAAAGGACACCAAACAUGCAGUAUGCAGCUGAACACCCUGCAAUAAUGUUUUUUGUUUUUGUUUUCUAAAUGACUACUACCAGAUCUUACGCUGAAUAACUAGCCGCUUUUUCCACCUGUGUUCCGCGCAUAUGUAGAGCAGGCUGGAGCUCAUACUAAAAACUAUGUAAAAAGAAUUGUACUGUAUGCAUAACAUCUGCAGGUACUGUAUAUUAAUUUUUGAGUUGUGUACAGAUUUUCUUUCAUGGGAUUUCCUUUUUUUUUUUCCCCUAAUGUAAAUGAUGUCACUUAGAGCAGUGUUUCCCAACCUUUAUGGAGCUAAGGUACAUAUUUCACAUCUGGAAAAAAAAAUACAAAAAUUGUCACGCCACACCACUUACCAAAACGAUGCACAAAAAAAGUGGAUGCACAGGUCAAUUAUGUACUGCACGUUGUGUUGUCUAGUGGACGAGCAUUUUAUUGCUCUGUCUGUUAUAACUGUGGUUGGCAUACAUACAAUACAAAAUUAACAAAAAAAAAUUGUUUUAAUCGGAAAUCAUUUAUCUUUCAAAUAACUGAAAUUUGAUAAUUUGCUGCGGUAACACCUGACGAUCUCUCAUCACUGUUUGGGAAUCACUGUCUUUGAGUAUUAUCAUCCUUUUUUUUUUUUUUUUGCUCUGACAUUUUUUUUUAAGAAACCACUAUUUAAGAAUAGUGUUUUUCAUUUUAUUUAAAGAGCACUAAAUUAUUUUGUGGAAUAUGAAAGAGAGAAUGUCCCUUGCCUUUUGUGUUAUAUUUUAUUUGCCUAUGGAGGAAAGGAAAAGAGAAAAAAAAGUCACUUAAGUUGCACCAUGUAGUAGUAAAACUGAAAAUGUGUUCACUUUAUUUUUUUCUGGGCAGCAGGGGGGGGGGACAACGUGGAGGCCCCUGCUGCACUUUGCACAAGUUUUCUCACUAUGACAGUAUGCACCUGUUGUUUCCUUCCCUCUCCCAACAAAAUUUGCUGAACUUCAGUUCCAUUAAAAGCAGCCAUUUGAAUCGGUUCGCCAAGAAGCAUGAGAAGUUAAAAAGAAGAAACGUUUGUCUCGACAACCUCAUUUGGUCCUGCAUCUCCACCAAUGUGAUACUUGUAUUUCUCCUUCUGAUUUUUUUUUGGGGGGGCGGUUACCCGUAUUUUUGGUAAUUCAGCAAAUUUUAUUGUAUUUAUUCCAUUACAUUGUAAUGUGCUGCUUUGUAGAAAUGAGGUGUGCACUUUGUUGGAGAAAAAUAAAAAGGAUUUUAUUUGUUUGUA